AUGCAAACACGCACAAAUGAGAAACAAGUUGUGAAUGACGGGUUUUAUAGAGCAAUCCCACAAGUUGCGGAUGUUCUUCAUGACAUACCUUUCAAAUUGGGGCUUUUUUUCUUCCGGCAGCUACAAAUGGGCUGGGCUGCCGUAAGGAGUGAACUGAUGAAGUUAUCCACUGUGCUUGAGUUCAGAGAUCAAGCCCCAAGAGUACUUCGAAAGGACAGUAGGGCCUUAGGAAACACCUUGGUUACCUUCACCAACAAAAAAUAA